AUGGACUUCUUCUGGCAGGCUCCCCCAGUCACUAGGACUCUUACAGCCUUGACUCUGGUUCAAUCCGCGUUGGUACAUGGUGGUUUAAUGAGCGGCUACCAUGUUCUCUACCUGCCGAGUCUGAUCUUUAAAUGGCGCCCGGAAAUUUGGCGACUGGCCACCCCAUUCUUACUAACCGGACCUGGCUUGUCCUUUGUCUUUGACCUAUACUUCAUGUACCACUAUGGCAGUUCUCUGGAGACAGGCUCGGCUCGCUUUGACCGACCUGGAGAGUUCUUCAUUUACCUGUUGUUUGUAGCCUUCACCCUCAUGCUGAAGCGGUUCCUGGAAGCGAGGGAGAUUACCCCUGCGUCACGUGCAGCACCGUCAAUUCGCAAAAUAUAG